AUGCUGGGCGGUUCUGGUCGCCGCCGUGGCCUUCUUCUACCUCCGGCUGAAGGAACUCCCGCGGCCCGCCCUAGACGGUGGGGCAGCGACGCCAAGGGCAAGGCCAGCGACGAGAGUCUAAGCCAGUGGAAGGAUGGGCUCUGCGACUGCUUCGACGAGCCCGAGAUCUGCUUCUGGGCGUGCUGCUGCCCGGCGAUCCGGUGGGCCGACACGGUCGACCUCGGCGGCCUCGUGCCCUUCUGGGUGGCUCUCGCCAUCUACCUCGGCCUCAGCGUCGGGAGCGCGUUCCUUGGCGAGGCGCUGCUGUGGGCCGCGCUGGCGGUGGCGUGCGCGGGCUUCCGCCAGGAGAUGCGCCGGAAGUUCGGUAUGAGCCAGAGCGGCCGUACCUAUGCGGAGGACUGCCUCCUCUACUGCUGCUGCUCGUGCUGCGCGAUCGCGCAGGAGGCUCGCCAUAUCGAGGAGGCCUGCAGGGUGGGCCACCCCGUGGUGGCGGCAGACGGGGGCGCGGUAAACAUCAGAAGGGAGGGGUAA